GACGUCAUCUUCAUGAGACGCAUUUCAACUUUAUCGCCAGCAAGUAGCUAGCUAGCUAACAAGCUGCGUUGUUUUGAACGAUGGCGUCCUCAAAGAAGGGGAAGAAAGUUGUGAAUCAAGAGGAACUCCGGCGUUUGAUGAGAGAAAAACAAAGACAAACAACGGACAAGAAGCGCGUCGAGUCUCCUUUCGCUAAAUACAACAGUCUCGGGCACCUCAGCUGUACCCUGUGCAAUGUGCAGGUGAAGUCGGAACUUCUUUGGCCGGCGCAUGUUCUUGGGAAACAGCACAAGGAGAAAGUUACUGAGCUGAAGGGAGGAAAGAUUCAAGCAGUGACACCGUUGGUACAGCCGCUGAAGAGGAAAGCACCGGACAGCGAGGACGUUAACUCGAAAAAGGCGAAACCGCCGUCGGGUGCAGGCCAGUCUGCAUCAGGAGGGCUGCCUACAGAUUUCUUUGAGAAACCCAGCGAGAAGGCAGCUGUCUCUUCACAAAAGUCUUCAAGUCUGAGUCUGUUGGCUGGAGUUUAUGAUGAGGACGAUGAUGAUGAUGAUAAUGAAGAAGAGGCAGGCCAGGCAGGAACCACAAAUCCCCUUCCUGAAAAGCCUCAAGCUGCAGGACUACCCGCCGAUUUCUUUGACAGCUCCAUCCCGUCCACACCCACCAUCUCCCACUCAGGAUCCAUCCUCAAAGCAGAGGUACAGGAGAAAAGCACAGAGAGGAAGGAAAACACAGCCGAGGCCCUGCCAGAGGGCUUCUUCGACGAUCCUGUGAGAGAUGCUAAGGUGCGCAACGUUGACGCACCCAAAGAUCAAAUGGACAAGGAGUGGGAAGAGUUUCAAAAGGAGAUACGACAGGUGAACACAAAGUCAGAGGCAAUCGUGGCGGAGGACGACGAGGAAGGUCGCCUUGAACGCCAGAUUGACGAAAUUGAUGAACAAAUUGAGUGUUACAAGAGGGUUGAAGUACUGAGAGACAAGCGGGAUGUGGUGAAAAGCAAGCCUCUGCUCAGGAAGGAGGAACAUAUGGAGGUAGAUGCCAGCAUCGAGGAGGAAGAGGAUGAGGAGGAGCUGCUGGGGCUUUUGUCCCGGGACUGGAGGGCUAAAGGAGCUCUGGCCUAACUCUCUCUAGAGCUCGUGACUGUGCUUGUCUUUUUUGCACAAGUUUAUCAGCAAUCCAGGAAUUGUAAAUAUGUUUAAAAGCUCUUUACCACCUCUUUUUGUACAUGUCAGACUGGAUUAAAUGUGAUGCAGUGAUAUGCAACAUCAUUGUUAAACACUGUUAAGUGCUACCAGAA